CAACUGAUUGAACUGAAAGUCCAAUUUGAACUUAAAAAUAUUUAUACUUUGUAAGAAUUUAUUGCAAUGGAGCAGUUAAUUCCUGUUAUUAAUAAACUUCAAGAUGUAUUUAAUACCGUUGGCACGGAGGCUGUGCAAUUGCCACAAAUUGUCGUUGUUGGAACACAGGUAUAAGAGCCCCAAAUAUAUUUUUUUUUGAAUUUCACUUUUAUAUUUGUGACAAAAUGUUAUUAAAUUAUAUGUAUUCGUAUUUUCAAACUUUAUUAUGUUGAUUCUAUGGCCUAUUUCAUCCACACAAUCUAAAAUAAAGCAUAUAUUUCUGCAUACUUUUAUUUUAAUGCUAUAAGUCCAUACAGUAUUCAAAUUAGUCGAAUAUUAUGAAGCUAUAAAAUAUUAAAAUAUUAACGAAGAUAUAUUUUGACUGAUGAUUUUAAAACUUGAUUGACACAUUUCAUAAAGUGAUUUAUAAUGUGAUCUUGUGUAAAUUUAUGUUGUUUGUAUUUUAACUCUGUGUGUUUGUAAAUAUUAAGCAUUUUGUAUACAUUAGUUGUGCACAAAAUACACCUAUUUCUAGUUAUAGUAUUAACGUGUCUGCCCAUACAAGAAUAUUUCCAGAUAUGGACUAUAUAUCUGGAUGCAUGCCCGAUAUCUUGGUUGCAUAAAAUAUAAUAUAAAUUUCCACACCCCGCCAGCCUGAAUAAUUCAAGCAGCAAAUGUCAUAUUGUUUGUAGAAUAACUCAUUGGGCCCAGCUCUCCCCCCUUGACAAGUAAAAUAGUCUGGUGUUAGCAUGAGUACCAGUGCUGGAAAAUGUCCGGCAGCACCAGCAGCACCGCUGCCAGGAAAUUUUCACAAGUUAUUUUCGCAGGAAAUUUUCUUACACCUCGCAGGAAUUUUUUGUUACAUAUACUUCUAAUACACUUACUGUACUGUUUAAAAAUCCCAAAAGCAUUUUGCAAGUCAAGAUAUCUGCAUUGAACUAUAAAUAAACUGGAAGGCUAACUCAGGGGGGGGGGGAAUUGAAGCCAGUGCAUUUUAGUUUUUCUGAGUUAUGAGCAGAAAUACUCAACACUGAACGUUGGGCAAUAUAUCGUUAUAUAUCAAAUUGAAGCUAUUGAAAAACGCUAUUUGGUGUCGAAAUUUCAAGACUUUAGCUAAGAGGGAAAUAUCGAAAAACUACAAACCGAUAAUUUGCCGUUUUGCAGUUGUUUUUGUAUUUUUAAAAUAUUUUUCUUUUCACUGAAGUCUUGAAAUUUCCACCCCGAAUAGCAAUUUUCAAUAGCUUCAAUUUGAUAUAUAGCCCAACGUUUGGGGUCAAGUAUUUCUGCUCAUAACUCAGAAAAACUAUUUUGCUUUCAUCAUAGCAGUUAGCCUUCCAGUUUAUUUAUAGUUCAAUGGAUUCUGUAUUGUGCCGAGACUGAAGUUUGUCACAAUGUAUGAUUGUGCGGCGCAGCACCAUACAUAUACGUUCUCUGAAAUUUGCAUAAACAGGAAGUUUUAUGUUUGACUUACACAGGAAAUUUUUAUUUUUGGGCUUUGCUUCCAGGAAGAGAAAUAUAUUUUCUAGGCCUGCUGAGUACAAUAAUAAAGUAGGGUGCAUAAUUUACUACUUAAUGGGUUAAUACAAAUACUCUUCAUUCUUGUUUUAGAGCAGUGGAAAAAGUUCAGUGUUAGAAGGAAUUGUUGGAAGAGAUUUCUUGCCCAGAGGUGAUGAUAACUUAUGUGAAUGAUAAUUUAUAUAAUGUACACAAAAUACAAUAACAUUGAAGCUUAACUUAGCCCAAUAAUCAAGUAUGUUAUUGUCAACUCGUAACUUGUUGUACUUAUAUUUGCAUAGUUGUAUGUCAUAAAUUUUACUAGAGGUGCACCGUCCAGAACUAAAAAAUUGGUUCUGGUACACCCCUAAAUUUUACUUGAUCUGGUCAAGCAGUCCAUUUCAAAAACCAUUGUCUAUUAUAUUAAUUGACUAUCAUUGGCAUUAGGUCCUGGUAUUGUCACAAGACGACCGCUGAUCCUACAGCUUGUAUACUCACCAUCACGUUGGAAGAAAACGAGAAAAAGUGAAAGUGACGGCAGUGGUGAUGAGUCGCCGGAUCUUGAAGAAGCAGAACCCGAGGAAUGGGGCAAGUUUAGUCAUAUCAAAGACAAGGUGAGAAAACUCAAAAGAAGAAGUUUUUUGUUGUUGUUUUUUUUGGGUGUUUUUUUUUUUGAGAGGGAUCCAACUACCUGGAAAUCACAAUCAAAACUUGGAUGUGAAUGCCCUACGUUGGCAAGUUAGUGGAAGGGCCUUCACACAAAACGUUGAAGUUUUGCUUGUAUUUUUCGAUUCAAAUGUUAGUUGAAUCCUUCUAAAUCCACAGCAUUCUGGUGUUUGAUAUAUACUGCACAGUAAAGCCCUGGGCCUGGGCAAACUAGGAAACAUUGUUGCAGAAACAAAAUUUGCUUCCUGGGAAGCAAAAAUGUUUCGUACCAAAUUCAGAAACAUUUGAUGUUUCCCUAUGUUUCUCACUAAUGUUUCCUAGUGUUUGCCCACUCUGGGAAACAUGGCAAAACAUUGGUAGGAAACAAUGUUUCCUAGUUUGCCCAGGGCUUACAGUAAGUCAAAUUCAUUGUGCUCAUUAUUUUGUUGCAAUUUUUUACUUAGAAAUUUGCAGACUUUUAUGAAAUCAGAGAUGAGAUAGAAAGAGAGACUGAACGACUGACAGGUCAUAACAAGGUAGGGGCUGCAUGCAGACUUUCAUCCCUCUGAAGCUCAUCAAAUUCCAAGCUUACAUAGUAUGCUUUAUUUUUAUAUUUUCCAUGUUUUAGGGCAUAUCAAGUGAACCCAUUAUACUGAGAGUUUAUUCACCAAAAGUAGUUAAUUUAACACUAGUUGAUCUCCCUGGAAUUACUAAGGUACAGCUAAGUAUUGACAUUCAGCUAAUAUGAAAUAUAUAUAAUGCUUACAGCAGUUGGCAUCAAUUUGCAAAAUCUUGUUGUAUUGGGUUUUCUUCUUCAGUGAUGAAUCUGCAUUGUGUUGCAGUUUCUCUUGUUUAACCCUUUAAGUGGCAAUGCAUCCUGAUGCAUCCUACUUUAUUAGUUUACUCUGUGUAACACCAGACAAUUUUGCUUGUCAGGGGGAGAGGGUUGCCACUCAAUGAGUUAAACUGGUUUCAACUGACACAAACAUACAAAAGAGAAUUAGCAUUGACCAGUGAUUACCAACUGAAGAAUUUCUAUUUUUGUUAAGGUUCCUGUGGGUGAUCAGCCAUUAGAUAUUGAAAAUCAGAUGAGGAAUCUUGUCCUACAGUACAUCCGUAAUCCCAACAGCAUUAUUCUGGCUGUUACACCAGCGAACACAGACAUGGCCACCUCUGAAUCAAUUAAGAUUGCCAAAGAAGUGGACCCUGAUGGUAAUUGAUUAAGGUUUCAGUAAGCAUUAUAGGACAGCAAGUAGCAACUUGGAAAUGUUGAUCCUAAUAGGGGGAAGUAAAUUUGUUGGCCUAAAGUAUAUUUAUGUACGCGUAACGUACCUAUUUUUAAAUAUUUUCAGGCAAUCGCACGAUAGCUGUGUGUACAAAGCUUGAUCUCAUGGAUCCAGGAACUGACGCAUUAGAUAUAUUAUACGGAAGAGGUAAACAUACUUAAUAUACAGAGUUUUGGCAUUUGAAAAGGGAGUUCUGGCUUUUGGAAACGGAGUUUUGGCAUUUGAAAAGGGAGGUUUGGCAUUUGAAAACUGAGUUUUGGCAUUUGAAAAGGGAGGUUUGGCAUUUGAAAAGGGAGUUCUGAGUUUUGGAAACGGAGUUUUGGCAUUUGAAAAGGGAGUUCUGGCAUUUGAAAACAGAGUUUUGGCAUUUGAAAAAGGAGUUUUGCUAUUUGAAAAGGGAGUUUUGGCAUUUGAAAAGGGAGUUUUUGGCAUUUGAAAACAGAGUUUUGGCAUUUGAAAAGGGAGUUUUGGCAUUUGAAAAGGGAGGUUUGGCAUUUGAAAAGGGAGUUCUGGCUUUUGGAAACGGAGUUUUGGCAUUUGAAAAAGGAGUUCUGGCAUUUGGAAAGGGAGUUUUGGCAUUUGAAAAGGGAGUUUUGCUAUUUGAAAAGGGAGUUUUGGCAUUUGAAAACGGAGUUUUGGCAUUUGAAAAGGGAGAUCUGACAAAUAGACAGUCAAACAAACAGACAGAUGUGGUGGACAUAGAGUGGAAAAAUGCCUCUCUAAGUCUUAUCAUUUGGUGGCUUAAACAAAUCGUUUGAGUGAUGUAAUUUUUUCAUUUUCUAUAGUCGUUCCUGUUAAACUAGGAAUAAUUGGUGUUGUGAAUAGAAGUCAGUUGGAUAUUAACAAUAGAAAGGUAGGCAUGUUUUCUGCUUGCUACUCUUGUGAAAAUUACAUUGAUUACCCAAUCAGGCCUUGUUGUUUGAGGCACUCGAUUGCGCGCGCACCUCCGCGUGCACCGUAACCCUAUGGCGCGCAAUAUCCCACAGUCAGGCCUGCAAAAUUCCAGUCUAAAUACAAGUAAUCACCUUCUUUUAGACAAUCGCUGAAGCUCUAACAGACGAACAUCAAUUCUUUCAACAACAUUAUCCCGUUCUUGCAGCGAAGAAUGGCACUAAAUUUUUAGCUAGAUCAUUAAAUAAGGUGGGUGUGGACAGCUCUGGGAAGCUGGAUUCUGUAAUAUGCA